GAACCCGUGACCUUCGAGGACAUUGCUGUCUAUCUGAGCCGCGCGGAGUGGGACGCCAUUGCUGUGGGGCAGAGGGACCUGUACCGCAGCGUCAUGCUGGACAACUACGAGCUCUUGACAUCUCUGGGUUACCCAGGCCCCAAACCUGACGUUUUGUAUCGGAUGGAGCGUGGGGAAGAGCCAUGGAUCUGCACACCGCAGAGCCCGGUGAGGUGGGAUGGACCUGACAGCCCCUCUGCAGAACACAGCGGGGAUGUGAGCUGGCUGAAGCAGAGGACGCAGAGCCCCUGCCAAGGAUGGUGCACGCAGUGGCGGCUGCGGUCUAGGAGGCUGCUGAACAAGUUCAAGCAUCUCGAGGCCCUGAACGAGUCGCUGGCAGAGGUGGCUGGCAGAGCGGGACCAGUGGAAAGCCGCGAGCAGGCACAGGUGGCCUUCCAGCCUGGGACGGAGAAAGAGGUGGAGGACAAACAAGGCGUGGUGGGAAACGCAAUCCAGGGCGGAGGAUUCACGCUUCAUCCAGUGAUGGAACAGCAGGACAAAAAGGCAGAUCCCUGGGAGCAUCUGCAUGGCAACCACAGGGAGAGGGUUAAAAGGAACGCCCUGGGAGGUCGAUGCACUUUGAGGGAAUGUUUGUUUUUCCAGCGAAAUAUGGAGCUGCCUGUCAAGGAGCUGAACAAGACUGUUUCGAAGGACCACUCUUACUGCGGGACGAGCAAGAGGUGCCUCUGGCUUGGCAACUCGUGCCCUCUGCGCGAUCACAACUACUGCAGGGACCGCAAGGCCGCCGUCCUGGCGCUUGAGGACCACCAAUACUGUCACGUGCGUCGCCAGCGCUCAGCUCGUAAAGCUGUUCGUCUGACUCGUAAGACCCGGGCCACGCUUUGGCAGCUGGUGGUGCGGAGAUCCUACGUCCUGCGGAUCAUCCGGAAAGCCAAGCGAACGAUACUGCUUUACAAGCCUUGCCCCAAGAGGUUGGAGUUUCCUCGGGCUCCCGCUGGCACCGGCCGGCCCAAACUCACCCUCCCAGCGACUGUCCCCCCCGCUGAGGCACGAGGCGUCCCCACGAAGCCAACGUGUGGGGCGUUGUGUCCUCUGGCAGAGCAGGGGACUCUGCCCCCCAAGCCUCAGAGUGACAGUACCGCCCAAGGGGCGAUGUCAGAGGCGCUUUGUGCCCCUGUGGAGUCUCUUAAGCCGGUGGCUGUACCCCCACCCUGGAACAUCGCUGCGGCAGGGAACAGGGAAGCGACACCCCCCACGGCAUCUGAUCAUCACCAGGCCCGGGUGGCGCAGCCGAUCCGGAGCCCUGAUGCUAAGCAGAACGUCGAAGGCUGUAAACUCGUUAAUACAAAGUGCGUAGCGCUGCAUAACGCGUAUAAAAAAGUGAUGUGGAGUGUCGACCACGUGUUGGACUCUAUGCGCCAGAACUUGGAGCUCGGCGGCUGCUCUCGGCGUGAGGAUGCGUGGCCCGUCAUCGUCCGGAUAGGCAGGUGA